AUGUCUCUUACUCAGAGCUCACUCGAAAGAAUCGCGACUUCCUUCCUCUUUGCCUUCAACAACCUUUCUGUUGACGAUCACAUCGCUCUCCGCGCACCAUUGUGCACUCACAUCUUCGCUCCUUCGUCGCUCAACAUAUCACCCAAGACAAACGCUACCUUCGCCGCACACAUUACCAACAACCUACUUCCACUGCUUGAGCGCUUCCCUGUCGCAGCUAAAGAGACUCACGUCAACGAGGCGGGUCGACAAAUUACCAUCUGGGCAGCUGGGAAACCAGAAUUCAAGAAAGAAGCCAUGGGCGCAACACCAGCAGAAGAAUGGAAUUACACCAACGAGUACAUGUUCCUUCCAGACGUGAAUGAAGCCGGUAAGAUUGAAAGAAUAGUCGAGUUCCUCGAUAGUUCCUCGACCGAGAAAUUGCGAGGUGCGAUCCUCAAAGCGCGAGCGAAUGUAGGAAAGACAGGAGCUGCGUGGUGA